AGUUUAUUUUAGACUUAAUUUUUUUAACAAAUUUGUACUCUUCAACACUAAAUUUUUUGAAUGUUGGUCACUAUCUCUCGAGAACGUCUGAGUAUUUUAUUCGAGACUAAAGUAUUAAAAUAAAAGAAUAAACCAAAAUGGCCACCCUAAAAUUUUCCAUAUACCUCGUAUAGUACUAGUUCACAAUACUUCUAACGAUGUGUCAAGUAUGGCCAAUGGGCGCUAUAAACAGUGUUACUUGAUCAAACUUCCUAAAACACACAUUUUGCUUUGUUUACAUUCUGUGGCGUAAUAAUCAAUGCUUUUAACAAAAGCGUGACAGUUUUGUGGCUUACUGUCCAUCUCUUCUUCUUCUUUUUCGUUAGUGGCGCUUCCUUAUGGAAUUCGCCAAUGUCAUGUGUCUAUCUCGUCACUGCAUGACAAAAUACUAAUAUUUCAAUCUGCCUGAAAUUAUAAUAACAGCGUAAAGUUUGCGCGCGUCAACUUCAGAUAAUUAAUAUUUAUAAAAAUUAAAAAAUAUUUAUAAUCUGUCAAACAGUUAGUUACAUUAAUGUAGUUGAAAUAGAUCGCAUAUGUUGGUCAAUUCAAAUGUACCUAUAUAAAAUCUAUUAACGUUUAAUCGCAGUAAAUCCGUCAGUAUGUCUUGGAUCUCGAUUCUGGCUUUCUUGAUUUGGAAAUGUGCAACUUUAAGCGACAGUUACUUCAUCAUUGAAGCUCCAGAAUUGAAUGUAAAGGAAUUUAAAAAAGAGUUCCGGGUGUACUGGAACGUGCCGACAUUUCAGUGUGCUUCAAAGAAAAUACCCUUUGAUAAAUUGUAUGAAAAAUUCGGUAUCAUUCAAAAUAACGGAGACAGAUUCAACGGUGAAAAAAUCACUAUUCUGUACGAACUGGGUGACUUUCCGUCCAUUUUUAAAAAUAAUACCAGCGGAGAAUAUGAAUUUAUAAACAACGGUGUACCUCAGGAGGGGAAUCUGCAAGAACAUUUGGUUGCUUUCAAAGAACAAUUACUCGAGAAGAUACCAGACCCUUUCUUUGAUGGCGUUGGAGUAAUUGAUUUUGAGAUGUGGAGACCAGUUUUCGAUCAAAACUUCGGCAAUCUCGAUGUCUAUAGAAAAAGAUCCAUUGAAAUUGAGAAGGAAAGGCAUUCGUGGUGGCUAAAUAUGUGGAUAAAAAAAGAGGCGGCAAUUCGUUUCGAAACCGCUGCAAGGAAGUUCAUGGAAUCUACUCUGGUUCUUGCAAAACAAAUGCGACCUAACGCCUUGUGGGGCUAUUAUGGAUACCCACACUGUUUCAAUAUGAGAGAUAUGGAUAUGAAAGAAGACUGUGUUAAAAGUAUCCCAGGUGCAAAUGACAAUAUUUAUUGGCUUUGGGCUGAGAGCACUGCUCUAUUUCCUUCUAUAUACAGCUCAAAAAAACUUACCAAUUCACAACUUCCCUUUCAUAUUAAAGGGAGAAUAAAAGAGAGUGCACGCGUUAGGCUCGAAGACACGCCAAUUUUGCCGUACUUCUGGUUUAGAUAUAGAGACGCUGAGUUUUUUAGUCAGGAAGACCUUUCAAUAGCUCUCAACACACUGUACCAGUCGAAAGCAUCUGGUUUAAUAAUAUGGGGCAGCUCAAAUGAUGUGAAUACUGUUGACAAAUGUAAGAAACUUUAUAACUACGUGGAGACGAUACUCGGACCUAAUGUAGCAAAAUAUACGCAACGAUCUAAAAAAAGUAGCAACGCAGUCAAUAAUGAAAAUAAAAAUCUUUUCAAGUUUAUGUCGCAAGGAAAUAGAAAAAUUUUAGAAAGUGAAGAUAUUCUUUUAAAGGAAAGUUCGACAAAUUACGACUUUACCUUUACCGAUGAAACAACACAAAGCGCUUAUUAUGAAGAAAUAGAUUUUACAGAAUAUUUAAAAGUCAACUAUGAUUUUACCUUUGAGCAAAGUCUGACAACUUUACAUGAUAAAGAAGAUUUUACACCAGAAACAUCUACAGAAAUUACUACAAAUAUGGUAUCCCAAAAUUUUAUUACAACGGAAGAAGAUUCAUAUAGUGAUGACAAUGUUCCUAAUGCAGAUGAAAUUACCGAUGAUUACCUUAUAAUUAUUGAUAAUUCAACAACCAAUGACACUUUUAAACAGGAUACAACUAAUGCAAAUAUCGAUGAUGACUAUUUGAUAAUUGUUAGAGACAAUUAUGAAGACAGAUUAACGAAAUAUAAUAAUUCACUAGAACAGCCACUAACAACAAAAUCAACAAGUAAUAUGAUUGUAAAAAGUUCACUAGAAAAUAUAACCGACGCUUACCAAGAUACAGAAUACGAUUAUUACGAUGAAAAUACAAUUGAAAUGCCGGCAACGAAAGAUAAGCUAUCUGAUCAAGAUGAAAGCUCCGAUUAUAUAAUAGUAAUUGAUAAUAAUUACACCGAAAAAGAUACUUUUGAAGCCAUCGAGUCUAAAAGGGUAACGGAUACAGAAAAUGAUUACUUUAUAAUUGUCAAUGACUUCAAUAACUUACGCACAUCAAACAAAAGUAAUAAAGAUUAUGUUGCAAUUGAUAACACAAAAAGUAAUUCAACAAUCCAGUUUAUACCAUAUACAGACGAACGUAGUACUACUGAAGAAAGUUUAGACGAUUUUGAAGAUGAUGACGAAUUUAUACCAAAUAAAUCAUAUCGUAACGAAGUGUUUAAUUCUGGUCAAGAUGAAUCCAACUACUUGAUAGUUUUUGAUUAUAAUUUCACAGAUGUAAACACUUUAACACCCUCUUAUUACACGGAUAGUACAGACAUUAAAGAUGAUUAUCUAAUUAUACCUAAACAUGGAAAUAAAAAGCAUAAUUUUACUAUAAACAGCGAUAACAGUAACGCUAAUUAUGUGCCGAAUAAAAUGAAGAUUUCAACAACACAGUUCCUUGAAUCCAAUGAUGUUACUCUAUCAACUGAAAACGAAAACUUUAGCAGUGAGAUAUUUUCUCCUAGAAUAGAACUUAAUACUCCAGAAAUAACCACCCCAAGCGAUUUUUUGGAUGAAUCAACGCUUACGGAAGCUACGUCUGAAGGUUUAAUUACAUUAGAAAUAAUGGAUAAUUUAACUGCAAAUGUUUUAUCGAAUGAAAUACUUGUUACAGACCGAAGCGUAGACAGUAUACGCAAUUUACAUUUUAUAAAAACUACAAAUGAUGCUGAUGAAUUCUCUGCAUCACACAUUAGUAUGGAAGCAAUGGAAAACGAACAAUAUAUAGAUAAAGCUUCCAACAAGAAUGACGCUGUAGAAGAAACGAAAUCAACAUAUAUCAAUGAAUAUAAAGAAUUUAAAAAUUCACAAUCAACUGGAAGUGGUUAUAGCAGCAAGCUGAUCACGUCCAGUGAAAAAUAUUCUAUACCAACUGAAGGAACAUUCUCACAAAAUGAUUUUACAGAUCUUGACCUCGGCACUGACUUAACAAGAUAUUCUGAAAUUAAUGAAGAAAUCACUCAACGGAAGGAAGAGAUCAACACAGAGACGUACAAUAUUCACACCAAAGAAACUGAAAACGUCGAUCAUAUUAUAUCAUAUAUUUAUAAAAAAUAAUAUAGUUUGUAAGAAAUAAAUUAUGACAAUAAUAUAUAAAGACUAAAUAUUCAUUAACGUCAAAAAUACACUCUCAAAACAACAAUAAUUUGCUAAAAUAACCUUCCGAUUUAAUAAAACUAUUUGUACUAUAAUUUAAAGGCAAUAAAAUAGAAAAAAAUCAUUAUUGAAAUUAAAAUCGUUUUUGGGUGACACAAAAUAUUCUUUGAAAUUUACAUCACAUUACAUACGGAGCAUUUAAAGUUUUUCGUUCAUAUAGAACGUUGAUAUUGUCGUGUACAAAACACUUCGUUAGUAGUUUGUCAAUACAAACAUGUGGUAAUAAAUGAUCAUAUUGAAUUAAAAUCAUUGUAUCAAUUAUAUAUAUUAGUUAAAAGCUCAAGAAUUUUAGAAUAAAAUAAAAAAUAGGAUACUUAAGUAUAUUAUACAAUAUAUAAAACAA